GGGAGUGCCAUAUCUAUGGAAACAAAGGGCCUCCGCCCCUAACCAAUACUUCCCUGAACAGUGCGAGCGAGGGAAAGAGACGACCGAAGAGAGAACAAAUUCACCCCCCUUCGGAGACUUUGAUGCUCCGAUCUCGUAAACUCUUCCUUGCGAUUCUCGCUGUCUCUCAUCUCCUUAAAUUCUCACCCGUUCCUCUCACUCAGCCGAAUCCCCAUCUGUGUUUGUCUCGCUGAGUUGCUGUUUGCUGCAAUCGCACGGCCAUGGCGAUCUCGCUGACCUUCAGCUUCGUCGCGGGCUUCCCCGAUGGCCGGACCUCCUUCCGGAACAUGCUCCGUCACCGUCGAUCCUUCGGCGCCAGCUUGCUGCGCCAGAAACUGCGUCCGGCUCGCGGUCUUUCUGGUCGCAAAUUCUCAGUCUGUUGCGAGUCCAAGACAGAGGAAAUGCAGAUUAGAAGGUGCUCUCCUUUACUAGAAAGUGCAUUUUUAUCAAGUGAUGGUGUCUCAGCCUCUGGUGAAUGGAGAGCAGUCCCAGACAUUUGGAGGUAUUCGGCAGAAAGAUUUGGUGAUCGGAUAGCAUUGGUGGAUCCAUAUCAUGAUCCUUCUUUGACUUUGACUUAUAAACAGCUGGAGCAGGAGAUAUUGGAUUUUGCUGAAGGCCUGAGAGUUAUUGGAGUAAACCCUGGUGAAAAGUUAGCACUGUUUGCUGAUAACUCCUGCAGGUGGCUUGUUGCAGAUCAAGGUAUGAUGGCCACUGGAGCAGUAAAUGUGGUAAGGGGUUCAAGGUCAUCUGUGGGAGAGCUUUUGCAGAUAUAUAACCAUUCUGAGAGUGCUGCACUUGCUGUGGACAAUCCUGAAUUGUUCAACCGGAUUGCAGAAACGUUCUGUUUUCAGGCAGCUAUAAAAUUUGUCAUACUACUUUGGGGGGAUAAAUCAUGCCUGAAUGGUGAUGUGCUGGAGAGCUUUCCAGUUUACAGUUAUGAGGAGAUCAUAGAUUUGGGACACAAGAAUCGUAUGCUUUUGCUUAGUUCUCAUGAUGCUAGGCAGCGUUAUAUCUAUGAAGCUAUUAACUCUGAUGAUGUUGCUACACUUGUAUAUACUAGUGGAACCACUGGUAAUCCAAAAGGUGUUAUGCUUACACACAAGAACCUGUUGCACCAGAUAAAUAAUUUGUGGAACAUUGUACCAGCUGAACCAGGGGAUAGAUUCCUGAGCAUGCUUCCACCUUGGCAUGCAUACGAGCGAGCUUGUGAAUAUUUCAUCUUUACUCAUGGAAUUGAGCAAGUAUACACAACUGUGAAAUACUUGAAGGAAGAUUUGCGGCGCUAUCAGCCUAAUUACCUGAUUGCUGUUCCUUUGGUUUAUGAAACACUCUACACUGGUAUCCAAAAGCAAAUUGCUACAAGCUCGACACUUCGAAAGCUUGUUGCACUUUUGUUUAUAAACAUCAGUUUGGCAUACAUGGAGCUGAAGAGAAUAGUUGAGGGUAAAUAUCUAACGAAAAAUAAGGAGCAGCAUUCUUAUCUUGUUUCAGCUUUAGACUGGUUGUGGGCAAGAACUAUUUGUCUCAUAUUAUGGCCUUUACAUCUCUUGGCUAAGAAGCUUGUAUAUAACAAAAUUCACUCUGCUAUUGGAAUAUCAAAGGCUGGCAUAAGUGGAGGUGGCAAUUUGCCUUCACAUGUUGACAGGUUCUUUGAGGCAAUGGACAUAAAAUUGCAGAAUGGGUAUGGUUUAACAGAGUCAUCUCCUGUUGUAGCUGCUCGACGUCCUAUGUGUAAUGUUCUAGGCUCAAUUGGGCAUCCACUUCGUCAUACAGAAAUCAAAAUUGUGGAUUCUGAAACAGGUGAAGUUCUUCCUCCAGGUUCAAGGGGCAUUGUAAAAGUCAAGGGGCCGCAAGUCAUGAAGGGUUACUACAAGAAUGAAGCAGCCUCGAAACAAGUCUUAGACGAGGAUGGUUGGCUAAAUACUGGAGAUGUUGGUUGGAUUGCACCUUACCAUUCAGCAGGACGCAGUCGUCAUAGUGGAGGCGUUAUUGUUCUUGAGGGGCGUGCUAAGGAUACAAUUGUUCUUUCAACAGGUGAAAAUGUUGAGCCAUCAGAGCUUGAAGAAGCUGCCAUGAGAAGUAGUGUAAUUCAUCAGAUCGUUGUUAUUGGCCAGGACCAACGUCGUCUUGGAGCUAUAAUUGUUCCAAACAAAGAAGAGAUUCUAGUGGCAGCAAAAAAAUUAUUGAUUGUAGAUGCCGAUGCCUCUGAACUUAGUAAGGAAAAAAUGAUGAGUUUAUUGCAUGAAGAGGUCAGGAAAUGGACUGCCGAGUGCUCAUUUCAAAUAGGGCCGAUUAUGGUGGUGGACGACCCUUUUACAAUUGAUAAUGACCUCAUGACUCCAACCAUGAAGAUUCGGAGAGACAAAGUUGCAGAUCGAUACAAAGAGGAAAUAGAGAAGCUAUACCGGUGAAUUGUAUGCUUAUAAAGUGAUUGUACUAGUGGCAGAAAGAGCCUUCUUUGGUUGAUAGGAAGGCAGAAUAUAUUUAUCGUUCUGUGUCUAAUGCAAAGGUUUAAGCUUUUUGGUAUAAAAUGACAUAAUACGAAACAAAGUUGGGAACAAUACAAAGCCUCAGUGUACUUGAUGAUGGUAGGGUACAAUUUGUUGGAACCAAACAUUCAGACAACUCAACAAAAUGGCCAGGUGUGAGGUGCCCUAUUUCAA